CUUAAUUUAAGGAAGUCAAAGAAAUUCCAGUUCAACACGACAGUUCAAAGGAGGAGAAAAGAAGAUCUACAAAUAUUAUCUGAGCUAUUAAUCGGUGAAGGACGAUGGCAUCAGUUAAAGAGCUGCUUGAGAAAUCACUGAAUGAACUGGAGGAAGCUGAACUGAAGAAGUUUCAGUGGCACUUAAGGAAUGAUCAUGAGAGUAUAUCAAAGUCUGACAUGGAGAAUGCAGAUAGGUUAAAAACUGUGGAUAAGAUGGUGGAGUGUUUUGGACCAGAAGAAGCUGUGAAAAUCACUGUGGAGAUCCUGAGGAAGAUAAACCAGAAUGAUCUGGCUAAGCAGCUGGAGAACAAACACAAGCAAGGCUCAUCUGCAGAUGGCAGACAAGCUACUCUUCAUGAUUACACAGAGACCAGCCGCAGACUGAAGAACAAAUUAAAACAGGACUACAAGCGGAUAUUGGUUGGUAAUUCGCAGACGGGUCAUCAGAAAAACCUGAACGAUAUUUACACUGAUUUAUAUGUGGUGGAGAAUGAGACUGGAGGAAGAGUAAAUGACCAUGAGGUGAGACAGAUUGAAUUGAAUCAGAAACAAUAUGAUGCCAAGGACACACCAAUCCAAUGCAAUAACAUUUUUAAAGUCAAUGAAAACAAAAAGGUACUGACGAUGGGGAUCGCAGGAGUAGGAAAAACUGUGUCUGUCAAUAAAUUCAUCCUUGACUGGGUUGAAGGAAAACAAAAUCAGGAUAUAGCCUUCAUUUUUCCUCUGCCAUUCCGUCAACUAAACCUGAUUACAAAGAACUGCAGUCUAAUGGGACUGAUUCACAAACGCUUCUUUAGUGAUCCUAAAGAACUGCCCUCUCUUCCUGAAGAUGAUGGUAAGGUCUUGUUCAUUUUUGAUGGGCUGGAUGAAUGUCGAUUCACUUUGAACUUUAAAGAGGGUGGCAGAAUUACAAAUGUUCACAAAAAAACAACAGUGAGUAAGAUAAUAACAAACCUUAUCAAGACAGACCUGCUUCCCUCUGCUCUCAUCUGGAUCACAUCCAGACCAGCAGCAGCCAGUCUGAUACCCCGAAACUACAUUGAUCAGGUGACUGAAGUGCGAGGAUUUAAUGAUGAGCAGAAAGAGCAAUACUUCAUCAAAAACAGCAGUUCUGAGGUUUCUGGAAACAUCAUCCGUCAUAUAAGGAAAUCCAGGAGCCUGUACAUUAUGUGCCAUAUCCCUGUAUUCUGCUGGAUCUCUCUCACUGUUCUUCAGCCUUUACUGGCUCAAGAGAGCAAUGACAAAACACCCACAACUCUCACAGAGAUGUACACAAACUUCUUACUUACUCAGCAACAACAAAUGAAAGAAAAAUACUGUGAUGACCCUGAACCCAAAGUCAAUGUAAUGUCUUUUGAUCAGAUUAUUCUAAAGCUUGGGAAACUGGCUUUUCAACAGCUGGAGAAAGGAAAUCUGAUUUUCUACAAAGAAGAUCUUAAGGGAUGUGGACUAGAUGUCAGUGCAGGAUCUGUCUACUCAGGGUUAUGCACUCAGAUCUUUCAGGAGGAAAAGGCUGUUUCAGCAAGAAACGUUUACAGCUUCGUACAUCUCAGCAUCCAGGAAUUCCUCGCUGCUCUUUAUGUGUUUUUGAUUAGCAAAGACAAGAAAGAAAACCCAUUUCUUCAAUCAUGGACAGAAAAACUGGAAUGGAAACUGUCCAAAAAGCCACUUUUUCAGCUUCACAAGGCUGCAGUCAGUAAAGCUUUGCAAAGUGAGAAUGGACACCUGGAUCUUUUCCUCCGGUUCCUUUUGGGUCUCUCACUGGAGUCCAAUCAGAGUGACCUGAAGGAACUACUGCCAGGACUGGAACUGAAAACAGAGAACCUAAAAAGCACUGCUGACUUUAUCAAAAAGAAGAUACAGGAGGAGGAAUCAGUAGAGAGGACCAUCAAUCUCUUCUACUGUCUAAGUGAACUGAAAGAUGACUUUGUGGAGGAAAUCCAGAAGAAUCUGAGCUCAGGAAAUCUUUCAGCACAGAAUCUCUCCUCUGCUCAGUGGUCUGGUCUGGUGUUUGUGCUCCAGAUGUCAGAAGAGACUCAAGAGAAGUUUGAACUGCACAAAUACAGAAGAUCUGAUGAAGCAGUGAGAAGACUGCUACAAGUAAUCAAAAACACCAGAAGAGCACUGCUACAUAGUUGUGAUCUCACUGCUCAGUCUUGUGAGAGUUUGUCUUCGGCUCUACAUUCCUCAAACUCUGUCCUGAGAGAGCUGGACCUGAGUGACAAUGACCUGCAGGAUUCUGGAGUGAAGCUUCUUUCUGAUGGACUGAAGAGCCCAAACUGCCAUCUGGAGAUAUUGAGAUUGUCUGGCUGUAUGGUGACAGAGGAAGGGUGUCAUUAUGUGUCUUCAGCUCUGAGUUUGAACCUGUGA